AAAAUGAGGUGAGUUGGAUCUUCGCUCCGCUCGGUCAGUCAGUCUGUCUGUCGUUUCGGAAGCCACCAACCAUUUUUUCCUUGACAAUCUCUUUUCUCAAAAAUUCCCUCGACUGGUACAGUAUCGGUACAAAACAAUAGAACAACAAUGGGAGGCGACGAUCUGGGCAGCGACGAUGAGUUCCUGACGGGACAGGUGGUGGAUGAUGAGGAGGACGACAAGUUUGAUUUUGCGCAGGAAUCGAAACAGAAAAAGUCGGUUUUGGCAGCGUCGACCGUGGCAGUGAUUGACGACGACAAUGACGACACGAAGAAAAAGAGAAAACGAGACGAGGAGGAAUCUGCUACGAGUGGCGGCAGCAAACAGAGCAAGACGGGAAAUCGACACAAGAUGCUCGUGACGGCGGGACGAACUCUAGAACAAGAAACCACUGAGAAUCAGUCGACCUUUUUGUGGACGUGUCUGGUCCAUCACCACCAACUAAAGUCAGGUCAAGACGAAGAAACCGCCGAAAAGGCACUGGCACCCAAAUUGCAACCCUUUCAUUUCAUUCCUCCUUCCACUACAACGCCCUCCACAACAACCUUUGAAGCCCGACUCCGUCAUUGUCUGCCAUCCAUGAAACAGGUCAAAACAUGGAAACAUCGACAAUCUCCCUUGUGCAUUAUCGUUUGUGUCUCGGCACGGCGGGCCGUACAAGUAUUGAAAGAAAUCAGAGGACUCAAAACACGUGCUGCCAAAUUGUUUGCCAAACACUUGACCGUUGAAGAACAAACGUCGUGGCUCCAACAAACACCCUUUGCCGUGGCCGUCGGGACGCCCCAUCGACUGGCGAUUCUGGCUGGUAAGAAUGCUCUGAAUUUGAAGCAAACAAGAUUGGUUGUGUUGGACGCCCACACGGACCAAAAGGGAUUCACCGUGUGUACUCUUCCUGACACGGCACCGCAUUGUAUGGAGUUCGUGCGCGACUGGGUCCUGCCGGCUGUGAAGGAACGACCCAAACAACUCAAGUUGGCGUUUUGUUGAAUACUUUAGUUCCAAGAGUUUUUUAUUCUUGACGAGAGGGAGAGAGACCGGCACCUAGCAGCGCUUUUCCAACAACUAUUGAUAGUGCUUCGACAAUCUUCUGUAGCUAGCCAACAAGCUAUCUCAUCUGUAAAGUGAUACACCGGUAGCCAACUAGCUAUCUCAUCUGUAAAGUGAUAUCCUUCGCGGUAGGUACCGUAUUGUGCAUAAUAAUCUAAUUCCUCCUCGCAUCAAGGUUAGAAGGCAUCCACAGCACUUUUGCAAACUUUACCUGGUACCGGUACUAGUAUCGAACCGUAGCUCGGGCAUCGAAUCGAACUCGAUCGAAUCGAAUCGAAUCACAUGUACGUCACUUAGAGCGCCAGCUGUCACCCUCCAUGCCAGUCAUCUGUCGACCCCAUGUC